UACCCGUCUGAGCUGAGGUUUAAUAGGGAAUGAGAACAUACUUUGUCCUCUUGAAAAAUGGCGAAGCAGAAGAUGAUUAUAGACUGUGAUACAGGGGUGGACGAUGCUCAGGCUAUCAUGAUGGCAGUGUCCAGACCAGAAAUUGACGUCAUAGCAAUCACGUGUGUCAAUGGAAAUGUGGACAUUGAUAACGUCUGCAAAAAUACGCUGCGUGUUCUUAAAAUUUGUGAUUCUCUACAUAUACCGAUAUUCAAAGGAAGUGCAAGAUCUAUUGUACACUAUGAUGAAGAUGCUUCCCAUGUUCAUGGAAAAGACGGUUUGGGUGAUGUUCCAGACGCACUGGACGUUAAUUUGAAUUGUAUUCAAGAGGAACACGCAGUAAAUGCGCUGACGCGACUUUCAAAAAUGCAUGAAGGUGAGGUUAAAUUAGUUGCUUUGGCACCAUUGACGAAUCUUGGAUUAGCACUUCGUAUGGAUCCGGAUUUUUCUAGACGGUUGAAAGGCUUGGUUAUCAUGGGGGGAAACAUGCAAGGUAAAGGGAACAGAUCCUCUUCUAUCGCGUCGGAGUUCAACUUUGGCUCAGAUCCAGAAGCAGCGUACAUAGUCCUUCACGAGAUGAAAUGUCCGAUCACUAUUGUGCCCUUGGAACUUUGUCUUUCACAGGUUUUCCCAUGGGUAAGAUUCUAAUCAGUAUACAGAAC